AUGACUCUGCCCACGGAUCUGUGUCGUUCACCGAUCUCUAGCCCUACAGUGUAUUCGCAUCUCCCAUGCUGCAAUGCCCGCGCGCUACCAUAUGCUUGUCCGUUGAAAGGGAAUGUCGCUCCGCCUUUAAUGGCCAUCAUUGAUACCACUGAAAAGGGCCACAUGGAUACUGACCGGGCAAUAAUUAGCACACUGUAUCCAUACGCUAUUCUUUCGCACACCUGGCUUCUCAGCAACAGGCAUGAGGUCACAUAUGAGGAUUUCGUAAAGGGACAACAAGAAAACAAGCCUAUCGGCUACGCCAAGAUACGUUUCUGCGCAGAAAAAGCAGCUGCAGAUGGCCUGGAGUAUUUUUGGGUGGACACCUGCUGCAUCAACAAGGCCAACAGCGAAGAGCUAUAUGAGGCAAUCACGAAAAUGUUUUCUUGGUACAGAAAAGCCUCGAAAUGCUACGCAUACUUGUCAGAUGUGUCUGCUCAGGACUCCUUCGAUCCGGUAGUAUCUGAACUACUUAGUACACAUGCUUGGGAACCAGCAUUUCGCGGUAGCCGAUGGUUUAACCGCGGCUGGACAUUGCAGGAGCUUUUAGCUCCACCCUCAGUUGAGUUCUACUCGGCUGAAGGUAUACAUCUGGGAGAUAGGGCAUCUCUCGAGCAAUGUAUCUAUGAAAUCACCGGAAUACCUCGUGAAGCGCUUCACGGACGCAAUCUAUCCCGGUUCACUGUCGAGGAGCGAAUGAGGUGGUCUAAAGACCGGGAGACGAAGCGCAAAGAGGACAAGGCUUAUUGCCUGCUCGGAAUCUUCGAUGUCUUCAUGAUUCAUAUGUACGGCGAGGGGGAACACAAUGCGUUCGAUCGACUCCGUGUCGAAAUUGGCAAGAAGCAGGCGGAGAUUACUCGACAAGAUCAUAUCAUAGCGGCCUUGCCAUUCGCUUCUGGAGCAGCAUUCGAUUCGCACAACAACGAACACCAACCAAAGUGUCUCCCGCGCACACGUACAGAAAUUCUAGAAGAGAUCGAUAAAUGGGUCAAUACGGUUGAUCAAAGAUGCAUGUGCUGGCUGAACAGCGUGGCUGGCUCGGGAAAGUCUACUAUCGCUAGAACACUCGCGACUCACUACGAUAGUUCGGGCAAGCUAGGAGCUAGCUUCUUUUUUUCGAGAGACAGCGGAGACCUCAGCAAUUCGAUACGAUUCGUGACAAGUCUAGCUCGACAGUUGGCGACUAAUGUACCGAGCGUCAAACGCUAUAUUUGCCAGGCACUAUCGGAGCAAAGAAGCAUAUCAGACCUGUCUCUACGCGAGCAAUGGAGUCGUCUCAUCUUGAAACCUCUGUCUGAGCUGGAAAGGAAGAUAUGUCCUUGUCCUCUGGUAUUUGUCAUCGACGCGCUGGAUGAAUGCGACAACGAUAGAGACGCGAGAGAGAUCUUUAAGGUACUCGCUACGGCCAAGACGCUAAUCAACGUUCGUCUACGAAUCUUCAUCUCGAGCCGGCCAGAGCUACCAAAACAGUCAGGCUUCAAGAGUAUGCCGGAGCUGCAACGACACACUCUUAUUUUGCAAGAAGAGCCGCGGACUCGGGUAAACAGGGACAUCAAGCUGUUGUUCGAAAGCUACUUCCAGACCAUACGGCAAGAAUGCGGUCUAUCUGACGAAUGGCCUGAGUCAAGUGUCGUAAAGGCCUUGGUGGAUAGGUCAGGUGGCCUGUUCGCCUGGGCCUCGACAGCAUGUCGGUUCAUCCAAGAAAGUCCACAGCAGUCACAGAAACAUAUAUCGAUGCUGCUAGAAAGAGAUCAGUCAUGUGUAAACGCUAAACGACAAUUGGAUCAACUUUAUUCAAUUGUUCUGCGAAGUGCUAUCUCAAGGCAGACAAGCACAUCGUCAAACCUGAGCGCAAUCAUAGGGCCAAUCGUCGUGCUUUGCUCGCCGCUUUCCAUUGAGGCAUUGGCGAAAUUACUCGACAGGUCCUUGAGCGACGUGCAGGCAACACUGGCCAGUCUGAGAUCGAUAUUUCGCCUUCCGACUCAAGUUUCUGCACCCAUUAGGCUCCACCACACAACGUUUCGCGACUAUCUUCUGAAUGAGGCUCAAUGCACCGUACCAAGCAUUUGGAUUGACCAGCCCGAGAUACACAAGCGAUUAGCCGACAGCUGUGUCGAUCAUAUGUCACGAGAGCUACCAUUGGCCUUUUUGCAGUUCUCGGGUUCCCACUUCGCGUAUGGCAGUAUCCAUAACGUUCCCGCAGCUGUUGUCUCUCCUGCGCUUCACUAUGCGUGUCUUCACUGGAUCGAACACUAUCGAAGAGGCAGAGCACAGCUCCGUGACAGGGAAAGGGCUCAUACGUUUAUCGAAAAUUCUUUUCACCUUUGGGUUCAAGCCAUGAACCUGAUAGGAAAAGGCCCAGAGACAGGUACACUACUCAGGAUAUAUCAGUCGCUGCUCACUUCUGCUCUGAACGAGCGGCAACUGAAGAUGAUUGUGAUUGCCAGACAGUGUCUCGUUGCCUUGCAACCAGCUGUUCGACGGAUGACCGACCAAAAUGAACCCUUGGUUACGGUCUCUCCUCCUCUGACCCUGGAGGCAUUCGAAAAGCUUAAACCUUCGUCGUGGCAUCUUGGUUUGCAAAAUGCCGAGGCGAGUACCAACAGCUGGAAAGACAUAAAGGACAACAACAACUACGUCAAUGAUGUUUCCUUUACGCCAGAUGGCACACAAAUAGCUUCAGGGUCAAACAGCGAGGUAAUACGACUCUGGUAUGUCAAUUCGAUGAAAACUGUCCGCAUGCUUGAAGACAACUUCACGGAGAAGGUUAGCUCCGUCCGCAUAUCCCCCGACGGCACCAAAUUGGCCGCAGGCUCCGAUGAUUCCACUCUCAAACUAUGGGAUCUCGAAACCGGUAAGGUUCUUCAAACUCUUGAGCCAAAAGCGGGCUGGGUCAACUCUGUUCAAUUUGCGCCAAGUGGAAACAUUUUGGCUUCAGGCUCGAUGGAAGGAAAGAUUGUAUUGUGGGACACUGCAACGGGUCAGAAGCGUACAGACUUCGAUAAUCAGGGCAGAUGUGUCAAUAGUGUGAGCUUUUCUCCAGAUGGCUCCCUGUUAGUCACUGGCUCCGAUGACGAUGUGGUCAGACUCUGGACCCUGUGGAACAUCACUACUGGCAAGCAGACAGUAUUUCGUGGGCACAGAAAGAAGGUCACCAGCGUCUCAUUUUGCCCAAACCUUCGGGUCGUAGCAUCUGGCUCUGAGGACAUGACUAUCAGAGUGUGGGAUGUAUUGAACGGAGAUCAGUUGCGGACGCUUCGAGACCACAAGAGCGGCCUUAAUGCAGUUGCCUUUUCUGCAGACGGGAAACUACUGGCUUCCAGCUCGUUUGACGAUGAAGUUAGACUUUGGGAGACCAAGACCUGGAGCUCUACACUUGCGUCAAACGACAACACUUACUCUCUCUGCUGA